AUGGUCGAAUUGCGUCUUCUUCCUCCCUAUCCUCCUCUCACCCCGAACCCUAGCUCGAGCUCCGAGCUCCGCCAUGAGAGGCAACCCUCGAUCAAGGUCCUCCUACUCCAUCGUCAUCGUCGUUGUCGUCGUCGUCGUUCUCGCAUAGCUCCCCCCCAAGAAUGGAGCUCCUCGUCGACGAUUCGUCCUGCGCGACCCCCUCGCCGGCGUGUGCGUGGCUCCCUCCCCCCUCCUCGACCUCGCUCCUCGCCUACGCUCCUGUCGCCGGCGUAUUUCCCUGCCUCCGUCAAGCGCUCCUCCUCCUCUAUCCUCGGGAGCACCUUCCACCUCCCUCCGCCUCUGCUCCUCCCCUCCCCCCUUCCCGCUCUCCUCGACGCCCUCCGCUCCUUCCUCCUCCACCCCCCCGACCCCUCUUCUCUUCCCCUCAAGGACCACUUCCUCGUCUCCGCCACCUCCGUCGCCAUCUCGGUGCUCGGCUCCCCUCCGCUCCCCUCCGCCGCCGCCCCGCACCUCCAGUCCCUGGCCGAGACCCUCCUCGCCGUCGCCAACCGCCCCAACCACGGCCCCGACCGCCACACCCGCGCCGUCGCCUGCGAGUGCCUCCGCGAGCUCGAGCUCGCAUUCCCCCUCCUCCUCUCCGACGUCGCCGGCCACCUCUGGGCCCUCGCCCAGGCCGAGCGCACCCACGCCGCCCAAUCCUACCUCCUCCUCCUCGCCUCCGUCGCCCGAAACAUCGUCCGCCACAGCCUCCUCUCCUCCCCCUCCUCCAUCCUCUCCACCGCCGCCCCCCUCGUCCCCUUCGCCGUCCCCCAUUUCCUUUUCUCCGACCCCUCCCCAGUCCCUAGCCCCUCCCCACCCUCCGAUCUCAAUCUGCGGGAGAUCCGGCGCGUCGUAGCGUUCCUCAUGGAUCGGCCGCAGUCGCUCACCCCUCCCGCGGCCGCCGAGCUCGCCUCGGCGCUCGCGUGCAUCGCGGCAGGGCUGGAGCCCUGGGUCCCUGCUGUGGCGGCGCUCCUGAAGGUGCAGUUCUCUGGCCUGCUUUACUCCUAUGAUCCGAUCCUCUCCCAUGUCGUUCUCAUGCUCUAUUGCCGGUUCUCAGAUGCCUUUGCCGGUGGCGACGAGCUGGGCAUUGCCCGCCGCCUCGCGUCCAUCGCCAAAGAAUCCCACCAGCCGCUCGUGUUCCGCCUCCUCGCGCUCCACUGGCUCCUGGGCGCGCCGCAGCUUGCCAGCUCACUCAGCCUGCUGGCGCCCAGGUUUUACCCUACCGUGUUCGAUCCAUUAGCACUGAAGGCAAAAAAGCUCGAUGCACUGGCGCAUAUUGCUUGUAGCCUUGGUACUUUAGAGGGUAAAAGGGAGGAAGAGGAAAGCAAAAGGGCCCAGGUUGUGAAGCUCUUUGAGGAUGGGUUGGUUUGUGUGUCCGCAUACAAGUGGCUCCCGCCUUGGAGCACAGAGACUUUGGUGGCCUUCCGGGCCCUUCACAAAUUCUUGGUUGGAGUCUCCCCACAUGACGCCGAUAGCUGUGACUCUACAUUGCGCCUUCUCAUGGAAUCUACCAUCUUCAACACUCUAAAGACAAUGUUGGUGAAUUUGGCAUUGGAGCAUCGUGGCUUAGUGCCGGUCAUUGCUUACUUCAUUGACCGUCUUUUGGGAUGUGAGGCCCAUCAGCUUGCGGGCGAGCUGCUUCUCCAGACACUUGAUGAGCACUUGCUCCCGAAGCUUGAAGUGGGUUACCAACUAUCCUCAUACUUCCCUGUUUUUGAAAAGAUUGCUCAGAACUAUACCGUGCCUCCCCAUGGUCUGUUAGAGUUGCUCACAAAGCAGAUGGUUUCUCUGGCUGAGAAGCAUGGACCUGACACCGAACUCAAGUCCUGGUCUCAGGGCAGUAAAGUGUUGGGUGUUUGCCAUGUAACAAUUAAGCAUCACCAUAGUUCGCGAAUUUUCCUUCCUCUCUCACGCCUUCUCGCCUUCACUUGCCAAUUUUUCCCGGACUUGGAGGUCCGCGACACUGCAAGAGUUUACUUGCGGAUGCUUCUGUGCAUACCUGGGAAGAAGCUGAGGCACAUAAUGGGUAGCAGUGAACAACCGUCAGGGGUCUCGCCUUCUGCUUCACUUUUCCAAGUACCAUCACCUCGUCCUCCUCAAGAUCUUAAUAAGAAAUUAUCAAGCAUCUCUUCUUAUAUUCAUCUUGAGAGGGUCGUUGCGUUACUCGUCCAGCAAUCAUGGUUGCUUGCUCUUCCUAAUUUCAACACACAAAGCAAUGGUUCCACUUCUUUUGUUGGUAUUCAAGAUAUUAGCUCUUCACCUUCCUUGAAGUCAGAAAAGGAAAUCAAUCCAGCUGUAGAGAAUAUAAAUGCACAAAAGGAGCCAUUGCUAGUGAUGGAUUCGAAGGUUGCAGGAAUCCUAAGUGUCCUUCGAAAGCAUUUUGCGUGUAUUCCUGACUACCGACACAUGCCUGGAAUCAAAAUAAGGAUACCAUGUAUACUUAGUUUCGAAUCCGAGCCAUUUACUCGUGCAUGGGGAUCUGUUCCUGCUGUGAGUAUGGAAGAGGCUAAUGAGCUCCCCGCUUUAUAUGCAACCACACUCACUUUUUCAUCAACAUCAAAAUACGGUAAGAUUCCUCCUUGUCGUGUUCCUUUUCUUCUUGGUGAACCUUCAAAGAGUGGACUGGACAUAGUUCCUCUAGACAGCAACAGUUCUGAGGGAGAUUCAAGUUAUCGUGCUUUAAUAGUCAUAGAAUUGGAACCUCGUGAACCAAUGGCUGGCAUUAUCGAUGUUGCCCUCAAGGCAAAUACUGAAAAUGGGCAAGUUAUAUCUGGAUCACUUCAAAGUAUCUGUAUUGGUAUCGAGGACAUGUUUCUGAAGGUUCUUGAAGAGGAUGUCUGUGAAUACUACUUGGAUUUGUUCCAUGCUUUAUGGGAAGCCUGUGGCAAUUCUGCAUCUACUGGACGGGAGACCUUUCCACUUAGCAGUGGGAAGGGAUAUGCGGCAAUCAACGGCACAAGAUCUGUUAAGCUUCUUGAAAUACCUGCCAAUUCUUUGGUUAAUGCAGUAGAAAAAUACCUUUCUCCAUUUGUCGUCAGCGUUAUUGGUGAUAAACUUGUGCGUAUCGUUAGACAAAAUGGAGUUAUUAGAGAUGUUUUCUGGGAAGAAGAAGAUUCUUCAGAUUUUGCUGUUAGCGAGGGUGAUGCUUUAGUGCUGUACUCACCAGAAACGCCUCUUCAACUUCCAUACAUUCAGGAGGAAACUGAUUCUGACAAUGUUUCGCACACAAAUAAGAGGAACAUUGGUGUCUUUCAUGUUUUAAUAUUCCUACCCCCUAGAUUCCAUCUCCUUUUCUUGAUGGAGGUAGGUGAAAUUUCGACAUUGGUUCGAAUAAGAACUGACCACUGGCCAUGCCUUGCAUAUGUUGAUGAAUACUUGGAAGCUUUGCUCUAAGAAAGAAAGAAAUUGCUUCAAAGAUCAGUUGUAUACUUAGAUCUCUUUCAUAGUGAGUUUUUUUGUUUUUUGGUUACCCUUGAGGCUUUUCUCUCUCUCUCUUUAUUUUUUUCCCUUUGCGAUCCAUCUUGUCAAUUUUUUGGGUUUUUGAUGGUUUUUCGCCCUUUCAAAACCUUUGAGAUUUGUAUAAACUUGUAACAUUUCUUUUUGUAUCAAUGAUUUCUCAUAAUGUAGCAUCCAUUCCUGUUGUCUGUGCUACUGACGGACUUGCUAUCAUUGUGUAUAUUGGGAUUAAA